AAUCAAAUUGGGGAUAGGGGAUAGAAGCAAAGAAGAACACAUGGAGGACGUCGGCACGUGACAGCUUUUUCCAACCAAGUGCAAAAUGGUUCUGGGUUUUCUUCUGGCGUGAAAGCGAGGCCCCGAUAGCAUGAACUUACUCUGGACCCUUUUAACAGAUCUCGUUUUUCUUGCUUUUCCACGUUUUCCUUCAAAUUAUAAUAAUAACUGGAGCAGUCGUUCUCUCAAAGCAUUCCUGAAUCCUGAGAUCUGAGGCCACUGAUGAGAAAUUGCUUUACUUGAUCAGCAAAGGUGCCGCUUUGUUUCUUCUUUAAUAAAAAGGUUUGCUUUUUACUCCUUUAAAGGUUUGAACUAAUCAAAAUUCUAAUUUUUGAGAAGAAUUUUUUAUUGCUUUUACUUUGGAGAGCAUUUUGAGCUUGAGCAUUUCCUUUUUGAGGUUGGUGGUGGGGCUUUGAAAUGCAGAUGGCGUGGUCUGGUUUGAAGAAAUCAAGAGAGUGCUUUAGUUUAUUAUUAUUUUCAGUGACUUUCGUGGAUUUUUUUUUCUUCUAAUUGGGGUCUGGCUUUAGAUUAUUAGGUUUUACAGUUCAUAUCAUGUCACCACUCCGCGUUUCGUGUUGAGCUUCCUUCUUGUUGGUUUUCUGUUGGUGUGGGCGGUGACUGGGAUCAGAUCUGCACUUGGAUUCUUCCGAGAAGACGGUGUAGGCGGUGUGACUUGGCCAAGAUCGAGAAUUGACGAGGGGCCAGUGCUUCUCAUGCAAUGGAGUGUGGGAGUGUGGGACAUUGAUGAUGUUGAGGAAGACAACUAACCUGGAAAUGGAAAUAUAUUAAGGAUGGAUCUUCUUUUCUGGGUUUAAGUUUAAUGGAGUUGUUUCGGGAUGUCAUGAUGAGAUCACAACAUAGUUGGGUUAGUCUUUAAGUCCAAGAUUUUGAUUUGGAGGCUGUGGAAGUGAGCCGAAGACUUGAAUUUGGGUUGGUUGAUAUGGCGUCGAGAGAGGGGAGGCGUCACCGGCAUGAUAAGCACGAUAGGCGUGAUCGGCACGAUCUAGUUCCUCUUGCGGCCUUGAUCAGCAGAGAAUUGAAGAGCGAGAAGAUGGAGAAGCCGAGUGUGAGAUAUGGUCACGCUGCUCAGUCUAGGAAAGGGGAAGACUAUUUCCUGGUGAAGACAGACUGUCAGAGGAUUCCAGGGAAUUCGUCGUCUACGUUUUCUGUAUUUGCAAUCUUUGAUGGGCACAAUGGAAAUGCUGCGGCAAUUUUUACAAGGGAGAACUUGUUAAAUCAUGUUUUGGGUGCAAUACCUCGUGGUCUUGGGCAAGAAGAGUGGCUUCAUGCCUUGCCCCGGGCAUUAGUUGCUGGGUUUGUGAAGACUGACAAGGAAUUCCAGAGCAGAGGGGAAACUUCUGGAACAACUGCUACAUUUGUAAUAGUUGAUGGCUGGACUGUUACAGUUGCAUCAGUUGGGGAUUCACGUUGCAUCUUAGAUGCUCAGGGUGGUUCUGUUUCUAUCUUGACUGUCGAUCAUCGGCUUGAAGAGAAUUUAGAAGAGAGAGAACGAGUGACUGCAAGUGGAGGUGAAGUUGGGAGACUAAGCAUUGUUGGUGGUGUUGAGGUUGGUCCCCUUCGUUGUUGGCCUGGGGGUUUAUGCCUUUCAAGGUCCAUUGGAGAUAUGGAUGUUGGGGAAUUUAUAGUUCCCAUACCAUAUGUUAAACAAGUGAAGUUGUCAAAAGCAGGGGGAAGGCUAAUAAUUGCUUCUGAUGGCAUCUGGGAUGCACUAUCUUCUGAGAUGGCCGCAAAGUCUUGUCGUGGGUUGCCUGCAGAGCUUGCUGCUAGGCAAGUGGUGAAGGAAGCAUUGAGAACAAGAGGGCUGAAAGAUGACACAACUUGCAUUGUUGUUGACAUAAUUCCUCCAGAUAAUCCUGUUGUACAUGUAGACCCUCCCAAAAAGCAGAAUAAGCUUAGAGCUCUUAUAUUCAGGAAGAGGUCCUGUGAUUCUGCAAAUAAACUGGCAAAAAGUCUGUCAACUGUAGGUAUAGUGGAAGAACUAUUUGAAGAAGGGUCAGCAAUGCUUGCAGAAAGACUGGGCAGUGAGUCAUCCAUGGGUCAGUCAACAUCUGGUCUUUUCACAUGUGCUGUUUGCCAAGUAGACCUUGCCCCUAGCGAGGGGAUCUCAGUUCAUGCUGGUUCUAUCUUUUCCACCAGCACAAAACCCUGGCAAGGUCCUUUCCUUUGUGCUGAUUGCCGUAAUAAGAAGGAUGCAAUGGAGGGAAAGCGCCCUAGUGGAGUCAAAGUGGUUUAAUUGUCCACUUUUCUUUUGUCAUAUUCUUUUUCUCUCAUUCCAAUUUAUUAGGCCUUUUUUCUUGGCCCGGCAAUUGUUUUGAAUCUCCUAAAAUGAUGAUGCAUCCUUUGUAUAUGUAAUAGUAUAAAUCAGCUGUGGCAUAUGAAGAAGAGUAAAUUUGUUAUUCUUUCCCUUAAAUGGCCGAAAUAUCAAUUUAACUUCUAAUGGUUCUUUA